CUUCGACCAAAAUUUGCUUCCAAAUGGCUACAUGGUUAAUGGAAUUUGUUCAAUUAGCUUUUUUUAGUUUUUACUGUAUUGUUAAAGGAUAUAGUCCCUUGAUGAUAAUUAUUGUUCGAGUCAUGCCAUCAAGACUAAGGUAAAAAAAGGUUUACCUUGCUACUAAUGGCUCUAAUCAGGAUAAAUUUUCUUCUGCCAGGUUUAUGUUAGUUUCUGUACCACCACUGCAACUUAUCUAAAUGGGUGCUGGAGACUGGUUCAGGUCAUUCAUAUGCUUGAAGAAAGUGAAGAAUGGUACAUCCAAACAAGUACAGCAGCCGAAUAAUGGUGGCAAUCAUGAACACAUAGCUGCUAUCAGGAUUCAGACCGCUUACCGGGCAUACAGGGCAAGAAAAGCUUUUAGGAGACUGAACGGUGUAAGGAGAUUCAAUGAGUUGGUACAAGCGCAUCCAGUUAAGGAGCAAACGUCUUCAACUUUAAGCCAUUUACAUUCAUGGUGUGAUAUACAGUCCAGGAUAAGAGCUCGCCGGCUGUGUAUGGUCACAGAAGGUCGGAUUAAGCAAAAGAAACUGGAAAAUCAAAUGAAACUGGAGGCUAAGCUUCAUGAGCUGGAGGUGGAAUGGUGCGGUGGCUCAGAAACCAUGGAGGAAAUCCUGUCCAGGAUUCAACAGAGGGAAGAAGCAGCUGUGAAGCGCGAACGAGCCAUGGCUUAUGCCUUUUCUCAUCAGUGGAGGGCAAAUGCAAGCCAAUACCUGGGGCAAACCUCCUUCAACCUGGGGAGAGAAAACUGGGGAUGGAGCUGGAAGGAGAGAUGGAUAGCAGCUCGGCCGUGGGAGGUCAGGGUUGUAUCUCAGGGCAGCCACCCAAAGAAGGCUAAUGGAAAGCAAGGAAGCAAAGGAGGGGAAGAAGUGAAAGAUCCAGACCCGGUUAUAUCUGCUUUGCCAAAUGGGAAGGUUGCUGCUCCUAAACCCAAAAAAGUUGCCCCAGCAGAUGGGUGAAGGACAAGAAUGUCCAAGCAGCAUUUUUUUUUUAUUUUAUAAUUUUCAAGGAUUUGAAACUUUGGUUGGGACUAUAUUUUUUUAAGAAUGUUAAUAUAUUUAAGAAUGUUAU